UCGUUAGUUCUGUUUGUGUCUUUUGCUGUCGCUGUGUCGAUGUCGGAUGUUGACUUGUGGUUGUCUCAUUGACGUCGUUCUCAUCUCAAAUAAUUUGCCACUGAACACCGAUUUUUCCUCAAAAAGUGGUUUUCUGUCGUCGUCGUCGUGUUCGUCGUCGUCCCAACUCACUCGCACUCGCAGUAUCUCAGCGAAAAAUAAAUUAAUUUUGUUUUUUGACAAGGAAACUUGAAGUGACAAACAGCAGUCGAUGUCGAGUUAGUUAAGAAGAACUGAAAAGAAAAACGAAUACGAAUACCACUUCCAAGUUCCAAUCAGAUAUUCAGAAUUCAGAUAAUGUCGAAAUUUCCUCCUGUAUCGUGUGUGAAAUCAAGUCGCUCUUACAAGUAUAAUUCUUCUUGGCAAAAUAUGAUAUUCGAGAAACCCAUUAAAUUAACAGUAUAUUAAGAAAACCCUCAUCAAGUCGUCAAGUGUUUGCUUUUGCUUCGUCUUAAUUGAUUUUAUGUGAAUUGAAAUAUUGAAGCUCUGAAGCCUGAAGCUGAAGGCGAAGGGCAGGUGGAAAUCGAAAUAGUAAUAUAAAGUUUAACCAAAAGUUACCUACGACACAUACAGUUAUCUACCUUAAAUAAUAACUAAUAUUAAUGAAGUACAUUCGAAAUAAAAUGGAGAAAACAGUUGAAAACGAGAAAGAAGUUAGAAUUUCGGAUGAAAAAUAAAAACGAAACGACAAGAAAAUAAAAAAAAAACUAAACUGAACUGAACUGAAGUAAAAAAGACGGGGGCGGUGAGGUGUACCCUGAAACGGUCGAACGUUCGGUCGGUUGGUCGUUGUCGUUGGUUGGUGGCAAAAAUAUAAUAAUUGUAUCUGUCUUGUUUAUUUUUUCUCUCUUACUAUAUUCGCAAGUCAAACAACUCACCUUGCAGCUUGCUCGAAGUCUCCAAGUCGAAGCAAAGCGAAGCGAAGCGGGUUGUGUUAAAAAAAUAUCUUGUUUUGUCAUAUUUUAGUUGUUGUUGUUGGGGAGUUUUAUCAAUUUGUUGUUGUUGUUGUCUAAUUGGGAAAAAGUGAAAAGAGAAAAUUCUGCUUUACUCCCCUUCUCCCCCUUAACAUCCAUCAUCGAGCGAGUGUGGUAUGUCUAGUUAGAGUCUCAUUAAAAAACAUGAAUUUUGUUUAAAAUAUCUUCAACUAAAAGUAAAAUUAUUAUUAUUAAUUUUCCAUAAAAACGGUGUGAGUGCACGAAAAGCACCAAGUGCCAAGUACAAAACACGAAAAAAAGGAAGCACAGCACAUAAAAAGUAAAAGUUAGUGUUGUAGCUAUAUUCUCUGUUUUUUCUUUCUUGUUUGUUCGUCUUUGCUUGUGCUUUUGCCUCGCAGUCGUACUACUCGUCGUCGUUGUAGUCAGUGUCGUCGUUGUCGAAGUCUUCACGUCGGUCGUCGUCAUCUGUAGUACCCCCACAUUAAAAAAAGCAAAAAUUAACAAGGUCUCCCUUUGGUGCUCCUUCCUUCUUUGUGUGAAAUCUGAGAUGGCGUUUCUUACCUUUCCUGUGUAAAGAAGUUAAACAGAGAAAAAAAAACGAAAAACUGAAUUAAAAAAGUUGUCCCUACAUCCAAAGAUAUACCUACCUACCUACCAACCUACCUCCAAUCCAUUCCCUUACACUUGAAUAAGAUUAAAAGGUGUGUGUUGGUUUAAUGCAGUUUGCCGUUGCCGGAGAAGUGGAAGAAGAAAAACGCUGUUUUUUACCUUCUUCCCUGCAAUAUCCUCCCAGAGCCGGGGCUCGCACCUACAACGAGUAGGUGAUUCGGCGUACCGCCUAAAACCGUAAAUAGCACUAGUCAGCGGAGGCAGCACCAAUAACAGCAGCAUCUAGAGACAAAACUUGUCCGUUUUCUUAGCCGACUCGAAACACCAGGAUAAGAAACCACAGCAUCAUGUCGUCCAAUGCAAUGAACUACAAAGUUCCGUCUACUUCGAAAAUCUCUGUAGACAAACUGCUCAGAGUUGGAUACUAUGAGCUGGAGAAGACAAUUGGCAAGGGAAAUUUUGCUGUAGUUAAAUUAGCUUCGAAUAUUGUUACCAAGACGAAGGUGGCAAUAAAAAUUAUCGACAAGACAUGCCUGAACGAGGAAUAUCUAGCGAAAACAUUUCGAGAAAUCGCAAUACUCAAAGAAAUGCAACACCCGCACAUCACACGUUUGUACGAAGUUAUGGAAUCUCAGACCAUGAUCUACCUGGUGUUGGAACACGCGUCGGGAGGUGAAAUUUUCGACCAUUUAGUUGAGAAGGGUCGAAUGAAAGAACCGGAAGCGGCCAGGGUAUUCACCCAAUUAGUGUCCGCUGUGCAAUAUUGCCAUUCCAGAGGAGUGGUGCAUCGUGAUCUCAAAGCAGAAAAUGUUCUGCUUGAUAAAGAUAUGAACAUAAAGCUUGCUGAUUUUGGAUUCAGUAAUAAAUAUAAUGAAGGAACACCACUUAAAACUUGGUGUGGUUCCCCGCCCUAUGCUGCACCAGAAGUAUUUCAGGGUUUGGAAUAUGAUGGACCUAAAGCAGAUAUUUGGAGUCUGGGGGUGGUUCUCUAUGCUUUGGUGUGUGGGGCAUUGCCUUUUGAUGGUAAAACACUCCUAGACUUGAAGAGCAAAGUAGUACUGGGAAAGUUCAGGAUUCCAUACUUUAUGUCCCAAGAUUGCGAAAGUCUUAUACGUAACAUGCUUGUCGUUGAACCAGAUCGUCGCUAUACUCUCAAACAAAUUAUCAAACAUCGCUGGCUCAGUGAAUGGUCUGGCGACAUUGAGACAACCUCCACCGCCACCACCCGCACUCAAUCAGUCAUCGAACCGUCAAAUCUGGAUUCGGUGGUAAUGACACACAUGCUGCAAUUGCCCGGCCUGACAGCUGACAUGAUUGCACAAUCGGUGCAUGAGAAUCGUUUUGAUAAAAUCUAUGCCAUAUAUAACCUCCUAAACGAUAAACUCCAAGAGAAAAGAAGAGAACAGCAAAGACUGCAACAUCAUGCCAACUUGGCCUACUCUAGGUCGCGAAAAACAAGCAUAACAACGGGCGUUGUGGACAGAUCGGAGCCCAUGAAACAGGAAUCAGCAGAUCGACUGAGUCCACUAACAAAUGCCGCAUGUCCAGGUGCAGGAUUACUGGGCUGGACAGAUGUCUCCGUGGAUUUGGAAAAGUUCGGCGAUUUGGAAUUAGAGUGUUUGGCACGUCCCAAUGAGCAACAAGCAAACAAUCAAAAUCACUUGAACGCUAACAACUCAGCAGCAAAUGGGGCGAAUACAAGACGACAUACAGUUGGGCCAGGUGAUGUGGCCCAUGAACAAGCUCUUGCCAAUCCAAAUCCCAUCAAUCCAAUUAAUUUUAAAUGUCAGGAAAACGAGGCCGGUCCCUAUCUGCCAAUGAACUUGCCUUUGCUUCAAAAUCAGCCACUGCACAACCUUACAAUUAAGGAUCAGCAUUUAUUAAAGCCACCUACAGUUAUGGGUGCAACUGGUGCAUUUGGAAGAAGAGCUUCAGAUGGUGGAGCUAAUCUUCGAAUAUAUUAUCCAUCAUCGAUGAAUAAUGUCCAACAAACACAAACGCAACCACAAAUGGAGGGAUAUUAUACAAAUACAAGUAUCGCCGGUGGAGUUUGCAACUCAGGUGUGGACCAUGUGAGUGGAAAUCAGAUGGUAUUGGAACAACAACAAAUGCAACAGCAACAAGCUCAUUUGACUAUGAUGGGAGAAGCCAUGAUGGGUCAUUCGAAUACACCUGAAGUCAAUGAAGAAUCAAGCGAUGAAAUUCAAAGGUACAUGCAAGCUAGAGGUUGCACGAAACGGCAUACAGUUGGAUGUACAGAUGACAUAUCAGCGUCUCAUCAUUCAGAAGCAAUUGGAAUAGAUCAGCCAAAUCUAUCACAUUCACCAGCGCCUCAGUCUGGUGGUGGUGGGCGCACACGACGUACAGGUCUUCUUACAGUCAUGGACCGUCCGCCAGUGAUUAGCCCGGAAUUAAUUAGAGAAGUUGAAUCGCGAAUGAAUCGCAAUUAUCUACCACCGGCUCUUAAAAUGCAAUGCACGAGCAGUGGACUUAGUCAGAGUCCUCCGACGGGCACUCAAUGUGGCCCAAGUCCAUCUUGUUCCUCUGCAAUAACAACAACGCCACCAGCAGCAGGGGCAAGUCUAAGCAAUAGACGCUUUGCUAGAGCUUGCAAAUUACUACCCACAGUACAAGAAGUUGGUCGCUAUAGUCCAGUUCGUAGAGCAUCUGAAGGAUCGAAAGCCCAAUUCCAAGGACCAUUACAAGAGUGUCAGUAUCUACAAAAAGGUAUAGCACAGCGCAACUUUUUAGUUGCUCCAAGUCCACCGCUUUUAGAGAACUCAAUUAGCUUGCCUGGCUCUCCAAUUCAUGGCAGACCAAUCAUUAAUGUUAUACAAAAUCGUGGGCAAAGCAUCGAAGUACCUCAAGACGCAAUGAUGAAUCUAGUACCUGCUCUCAAUCGACUUGUCAAAGAACAUCGCAUUAGUGGUGAAAUAGCAAAGAAUAUAGUUUCAUCGGGCUUAGUUCCAUUGGAAUUAGCGCAAUAUUUAGGUCUUAUAGCACAUUCUGGUCAGCAAUGUAGUAUGCAACAACAAAUGUACAGCUAUAGUGUUAAUCCACUAUCUUUACCUUCAACAAGCAAUACUAGUGGCAUCAAUGCUGGUCAACUUGCAUCAGGAAUACAGUUCUCAAAGUAUGGCCCUUUGAAUGCUGCGCCAAACUUCUGCAGUACCGUACAACACAAUCCCAGUCUGAUCGGACAGUUUAGCAAUAUUAAUUUGACUGGGGGCUGUGGCCAAAAUUCUGGCGGUCAAUCUCCGGUACAUAACAGUUUCAGUGGUUGUUCAUCUCCUAACCCCUACAUGUUUAAUGCACCCGCUUCAGUUUCGCCAAUGCAUCAAAUCACAAAAGGAUUCAGUGGGCUGACGACAAGUGGAGGCGGUGGUUCUAUCACUAGAGGAACUUCAGCAGCUAUUGAAAAUGCCUCAAACCAACCACUCGACUUAUCAAUGGAUGUGUGCUCUCCUGAGGCGAUACCUCCAGACAUGUUUGCUUGCACAUCACAACAACAGCCGAGUGGAAGCUGGUUUAUGCCUGCAUCGUAUUUUGAUUUAAAGCCACUGAAUUUGUCACCCGCACAACCUGUACGUAUAGUUCCAACUCCACCUGCUUCGCCAAAUCUGUGCAUAAUUCAAGAAGAGAAUGCCAACGGUCACAUUAGCCACACAAUUUCGGCUGGCUUACCAUACGGUACUAUGGGCCUUGCCAAUGAAGAAUUAUCGGCGUGUCAGCCAUCACAUCCACAAAUAUGCCUGACUGAUGUCCAAGGAAGUGAAAUCACCCUCGUAGCACUCUCAUCUGAGAACAGUCGAGAUAGUGACUGUGACUCAUUGGAACCAAACAUGCCAUCACUGGCCCUGCAAGGUCUAAUCAUCACAGAACCUUCGAGUGAUAUGCCUUCAAUCACAAGAGGAGUAGGUCGUAAAGCAAGUCUUGAGAGUGAGAACAAUUCCAGGCUAGAUACGGAACCCUCAUCAUCAGCUUGCGGUGCUACUAGUGGGUCGAAUCGUCGAGGGAGUGAUAAGUCCCUAGGAUUUAGUGAUGAUAGCCUAAGUAAUGAUUCGAACAACCUGUCACCAUGCCAAGAACCUUCAGCAAGUUCCGGUUUCAAAAGUGAUUCUCAUUCGGAAAUCGGUGAUCAAACUGAGGGUCGCAUGAGUCCGGAUUCGAUUUGUGAUUCUCGAAUGUCUGAUGAGUGCUAUGAGGUCCCACUGCCACACGAAUGCUGCAAUCUAGAUUCCACACGGAUUCUGCAACUGGUCAAACAAACAAUAGACUCGACCAUGCCACCCAAAGGUUUCGUUCUGAACAAAGCAAACGUUACCGAUGGAUACGAAGGGGUGAGUGCAAAAUCAAGUACUUCUUCAUCUGGAACAGGUAUGAGCAUAAGUUCGUCAGGAUCUGGGGAUUCAGAUGUGCCAGUUGACAUUUCCAAUUUAAGUUUAGAAUAUUCAGGGGGCUUACAAAUUGAGCUACAAGUUUGUGAAGGUAGAAAUAAGGAUAACAAAGGAAUUAAACUAAGAAGAAUAUCAGGUGAUCAGUUUGAAUAUGGAAAAUUAUGUCAACAGCUGAUAAGCACUUUAAAUGUGUAAAAUUGUAAUGUCUUAUGUGUAUGUAGUAUGAGUUCGAAAUAACUCAAAGCUAAGUAAUUUAUAUUUAGUAUGGUGUGCUUUGGAGUUUUCGAAAUAAUUGUAAGCCAAUAGCCGAUUGCUUUGAAUGUUUUAACUUUUUUUUUAUGAACUAAAUAAGUAGUUUCUGUUGUUACCUUCGAAAAUAAAUGCAUAAUAAUCAGUUCGUUCGCACUUGUUGAUAACUCAAUGCGUACAAUGAGCGUUUGAGUUUUAAACCUUCUUUCUAGUCAUUAGACAUUUAAAUUCCAUUUAUGUCCUUUUAGGAAGUCUCCUUUUACAGUCAAUAACAUUUGUUUUAUUCUAUACACAUAUUUUAUCAAUGAACUAAAUUUGUCUCUUCAAGAACAUCGUAUUUCUUUCUUCUAGACCUUAGCUUGUUUUUUAUCGUUUGUGUGCAUCGCAUGCUGUAAGAAAUGCAAAUUUGGCAGCCUUGAAUAACCUUAAAUAGCGUUUUCAAUUUAAAAAUCAAUAUCAACUUCGACAAAAAAAAUACAAACUUAACAGAAAAUAAUUCAAAUCAAAAAUACUCGUCUCUGAAAAUUGAUAAGUAAUUGUUUACAUAGUAGAUUCGCAUAUAAAGGUGUCAAAGCCGUAUUUCAAAGAGCUGAUUUUUUUGUUGUGUUAUACUUUCUUUGCAGUAUUUUUAAUGACAAAGCUGGCUGUGAUAAUGGUUUUGCGUACAAAAUAUUGCUUUCAAAACAAAUGAGGACUGAAGCCUGAUUUUGGCAACACUUAACCAUAAAAGUCAUGUUUUUGGAAAUACCUCAACUUAAAAAAUUUCUUAUAUUGGUAAAAAUUAUUUUUAUAAUUGCAAUUUUGUAAUUGCUUUUGAACUUUCAAAGAUCUCAUAACUUCUGUCGAUAUAUUCCAAGAAGUGGAAGUUUUUUUGGACUUGUGAUUCGCCGAGUGUGCGUUCACAUUGUUAAGUGUCGCUAUUGGUCCUAGAGUGAUACUAAAGUGCGAAUGAAGUCUAAAGCUGAUCUUAGAUAUGUGCUAAAAAAUCGAAAAUCUUUGAUGAAACACUUUAAUGAGUUCAUUUGAGAAAGUUAAAAUCUUAAAGCAACCUUCAUUCAAUGUUUAAAACUACGUAGUUUUGUAAUUUCGAAAACUCGGCCACAAGAGACUUCUUAUGCAUUCCUUAAAAUAAUACAUUUAGAGUGAUAGCAUACCUAGCCAUGUGAGGCGGAUAUAUUAUUUGAGAAAUCAGAAAACAUUUCCAGGCGAUGUUUGGAUACCAGGGCACGGUAGCUAUCACUGUUUCUUUAUAAGCUGCAUUUUAUUUUUUCAAUGGAUCUGAUUAAGAUUAAGUAAACAUUCAAAUUAUAGGCCACUAAAACAGGGAGUAAAAAAGAAAAUGUGCACAAUGCUAUCGUUUUUGAAAUUUAUAUUUUAUUUGAUUUUUGACAUUUCUUACAAGAUAAUUCAGGCCUCAGAUUUUAACCUCUUAAGAAAGUGGUCUUCGAAAUACGAUACUGAAAUGUAUGUUCCAAACAUAUAUUAUGUGUGUACUCUUUUUCUGGAUAUAAAAGUUCUUGAAAAUGAUUUCACUUCAUGCCUUAUAACUGAAAAACAAAAUUGCAAGGUCACUGAUAUCCUUUGUUAGUUCCUGUUUCAAGAGAUCAGAUCAAAAAGGUUAAUUUUGCAGCUAAAAGUAACUUCUUAAAGUUUAAAACUUAUCAAUCAAUCAUAAAAUUUUUUUAUCGUUGUUGUCGUUAUUUCGUAGAUUCAAAAUUACUAUGUAAAUUACAAAUUAAUAAUAAACGAAUUCAACUAUAAAUGUUAUCACACAAUUAUUAAAUAAAUAAUAUACAUAUACUGACUGAACUGAAUAUUUUGUAUAUUUAGUAGAUUUAAAUUUAAACAACAAAAUUUGUAAGAAAAAAACAAAAACAA